ACCAUAUUAGUUGAUUGAGAAUGUUGGGACGUGGUGUCUUGACGUUGUCAAAUCCCCUUAUUUUUAGAAAAUAUAAAACCUGCCUCAUCCAACCAAGCUUGUCCAUCAAAUGUUGCGGUAUAGACCUUCAGUAAGUCUUCUGCGUCAACUACACCGUCAUCGUUUUGAUCGAGUGCCGAAAAUGCCUGCCAGAGGACGUGCUCUUCUGACAUCUUCAGGCGUGAUUAAGGGAGCGACUGUUUCGAAACUAUUUGAAAAAAAUACCGUCUGUGGCCGAGUGACUGACGGACGGACCUCAACUUUGACCCCACCUGCACACAACUCUCUCACACUCGCUUACCCUUUUCUCCAUUUCUCAUCAACUGCCAACUGUAACAAAAUGGAACCUUGGACUCAAGCGAUUGAUGACAUUUGCUGGCAACAGCGACCUUCCGCUGUCCUGGGCCAACGAGACCUUCAAGCUAACCCGUAUUUAUGGUUCCCAGACGGUAAACUCAACACUUGCUACAACUCAGUCGACCGACACGCCUUGACAAGUCCGAACACCGUUGCUAUCCAUUGGCACUCGGCUGCCACCCAGUCAAAAUUAUCCGUUACAUACGCAGAUCUCCUCACGCGCGUCAAGGAUGUGGCUGGCAUGCUUGCCGAUUAUGGGGUCAAGAAAGGAGACACCGUGGUAAUUUAUAUGCCAAUGAUUUUGGAAGCGGUUUACAGCAUGCUCGCUUGUGCUCGACUGGGUGCUGUUCAUUCUGUAGUGUUCGGUGGAUUUGCGCCAAAGGAACUAGCAAAGAGAAUUGAAGACUGUAAACCGAAAGUUAUUCUGAGUGCCAGUUGUGGAAUUGAGCCCAAGCGUGUUAUUGAAUAUAAGCCUUUACUGGACGAAGCAUUGCGUAUAUCUCAACACUCUGUUCCCAUCCGAGUUAUCUAUCAACGCCCGGGCCAAGCUCAAGCUAAGUUGGAUUAUCAAAGCGGCGACCGAAAUUUUGACCAGGAGAUUGAAAGAAUUCAGCAUGAAAGCAAGGCAUUUCAACAAUGCGUUACCGUGGAUAGUUCCGAUCCAUUGUACUUGUUGUAUACCAGUGGAACCACAGGCAGACCAAAGGGUGUGGUUCGGUCCAAUGGUGGACAUGCGGUUGCCUUAAGAUGGUCAAUGGAUUACAUCUUCGGCUUACAGAAGGGAGAUACCAUCUUCACGGCUAGUGAUAUUGGAUGGGUAGUGGGUCAUACGUAUAUCGUGUAUGGACCCUUGCUGGCUGGCCUAACGACAGUAUUAUAUGAGGGAAAGCCUGUUGGCACGCCAGAUGCCUCUGUUUUCUGGAAGAUAUGCACUGAAUAUAAUGUGAAAGCAAUGUUCGCUGCCCCUACGGCUAUUCGUGCCAUCCGUCGAGAAGAUCCCGAGGGCAAGUUUGCCCACCGCCAAGAUUUAUCCAAUUUACGUGCUCUGUUCUUAGCUGGAGAGCGCAGUGAUCCAGUUACAAUCCACUGGUGUCAACAACUCCUUGGUUCCAGCAAGCAAGUUAUUGACUGCUGGUGGCUGACGGAAACUGGCCAACCUGUAACUUCAACCUGUCUGGGAAAGAAUGCUCAACUCUUCUCUAUCAAACCAGGUUCCGCUGGAAAACCUGUGCCGGGAGCAAAUGUAUGUGUACUGGAUGACGAUGGUGCGCCUCAAGAUAAUCCCAAUACUUUCGGUAACUUGGUCAUUAAGCUUCCGAUGGUUCCAGCCGCCUUUACGACACUUUGGAACAAUGAGCAAGGCUAUUGUGAUAGCUACUUUAAACGUUUUCCUGGGUACUUCGACACUGGUGAUGCUGGCAUGAUCGACGAAGAAGGCUAUGUGCAUGUGAUGUCCCGCACAGAUGAUUUGAUCAAUGUUGCUGGUCAUCGUCUUUCAACCGGUUCUAUCGAAGAGAUUCUAUUAUCGAAUACUUCUGUUGUGGAAACCUGCGUUGUGCCUAUACCUGAUAAUCUAAAGGGACAUGUUCCACUAGCCCUUGUCGUGACAUCCGGAAAGGUCUCAAAUAAUAUCAAGCAGGAUCUUGUAAAGGCAGUGCGUAAUGAUUUGGGAGCAAUAGCAUGUCUGGAUAAAGUGGUUGUGGUCGCACGGUUGCCUAAAACUCGAAGCGGAAAGGUUUUGCGUCGUUGUAUUCGUGACAUGACGGCUGGCAAUCCCGUUAAUGUACCAGCCACCAUUGAAGAUGCGACGGUCCUGACCGAUAUUAAAGCCGCCUUGCAAAAAGAAGGCUUGAUUCCGCAAACAAAAGCCAAGCUAUAAUAGCUACCUUACAUUUCCGAAAAUAAGAACAUAUCUUCCUCCUUUGUACUCCAAAGUUCAUACCAAGUAUAACUAUGCACAGUACAGUAAUUAUCAAACGUAUGAAAUGAAAAUCAAGAUGUUUGAACCGUGAAUUCAACCAGUGUUUGUUUGCCCAUCAACCUUUUAUUUUAC